AAAAAAAAACUAAUCACCUGUUUUCCCCAAGUUAUUGGUUGUUACGGUUUUGAACGGCCUGGAAGCUGCCCAGUACAUCAUGUAUUCACAACAAGCGGCGAUGGCCGCCACGGCGCCCCAAAAGCCAGAGACUUUCAUGCUUAGCACGGAAGCGCAACAAGCAUUACCACAUGACGCACAAGUGGCCUUGCAACAAGUUGACAAUUUAAAAUAUUUCCUUAUCUCGGCGCCUGUUGACUGGCAGCAUGACCAAUACAUUCGACGUUUCCUAUUGCCGACAGGUGAAUAUGUCUCCUGUGUAUUGUGGAAUAAUCUAUUCCAUAUCUCAGGUACAGACAUUGUGCGAUGCCUUUCUUUUCGAUUCCAGGCCUUCGGCCGUCCAGUGAAGAACUCUAAGAAGUUCGAAGAGGGCAUAUUUUCUGACCUGCGAAAUCUCAAAUCAGGAACAGAUGCUUCCUUGGAAGAGCCAAAGAGUCCAUUUUUAGACUUCCUAUACAAGAACAAUUGCAUUCGAACACAGAAGAAGCAAAAGGUCUUUUACUGGUAUAGUGUGCCCCACGACCGGCUUUUCCUCGAUGCGCUGGAAAGAGAUUUGAAGAGGGAGAAGAUGGGUCAGGAGGCUACGACUAUGGCUGUUAGUGAACCGGCCCUGUCGUUCCAGUACGACUCUUCGCAAUCCCUCUACGAACAAUUGACGAAGGCCCAACAAGCCAAUUCUUCAUCUUUCAACGCCCAGCAAGUUUCUUUUCCUCAAUCUCAAGCUCCAUCCCCAGUGAUGAGGGCAAUGGAUCCCAUGCCUCCCCCGCAAAUGAUGCCUCAGUCGAUGGCCCCUUUAGCGGAUGGGAUGGAUGCCAUGGUACAAUACAACACGAUGGCAACGAUGGCCCCCGCUAUGCCUCAACAUAUGCAGCAAAUGGUCAAGAGGGAGCCUGACUUCAGCCGUAUGCAAUACAACCAGAAUGGUGUGCCGAUGGCUCAUAGCCACACGCGCCAUGCCUCGAUGCCAGCUUAUGGUCUUGAAUACUCGCCUGCACCCUCGUUUGUUUCGUCACAUUACGAGGAUUACAGCAACCGAGGCAUUUCAUUCGAGCCAAUUACACCUCCUCAGCAAGCUUUAGCAAUGGGAGCCGAGCCGGCCUAUAUUGCAAACGAGGAGACUGGACUGUACACGGCAAUUCCCGAUCAUCUUAGUGGGUUGAACGGGAUGAUGCAGUUGCCGCCCUCUAACUUGGCCGGGCCACAGUUUUCGCGUGCUUAUGGCGCCAACAAUGUCUACUCUGUGAUCGAAGGAUCGCCGACAUACAAGCAGAGAAGACGGCGUUCAUCCAUCCCCCCUUCAGUAUCGGCGAUGGCAGCUGCGACUGCUCAAGCGCAGGUAGCUGCUCACCGGCCCUCGGAUUUGAGGAGGUCAGUUUCGGCGUCGGUUGGCCCUGUGGCGGAGGGUGACGAGUCUCAGAGCAACUCCCCUCCCGGCCUAUCAUACAGCAACUCGUCGAUAUCUCUCACUAACCAGCAACAUAUGGAAAUGUCAAGACAUGGUACCCCACUAUCGACUGUGGAAGGUAGCCCUGCUCUAAACCCGAUGUCUCUCCAGCGACAAGACUUCCCUCAGUUCACUAGCGAUGAUCUGAGUGGUGACGUGUCGAUUCAUGAGCAGCGGGUGAUGCAGCCUGGAGCGAACGUGGUUCGAAGGGCUCGCUCGGCUACUGUCAUGGAGCUGGGACCUUAUCCUCAGAAGUCUCAUUCGUGCCCAAUUCCCACGUGCGGUCGUCUCUUCAAGCGCCUCGAGCACCUGAAGCGACACGUAAGAACACAUACCCAAGAAAGACCCUACAUCUGCCCCUAUUGUAGCAAGGCGUUCUCUAGAUCCGACAACCUAGCACAACACAAACGCACACAUGACCGCGGCGAGGGUGCUGAAGGUGGGCUGACUCUGUCGGGUGAAGAGGAAGAAGAUUUCUCUGGCGAGGAUCAACUUGGCUCGCUCGAGGAAGCUUCGCCCAACUCGGAGCCAGGGUAUAUCCCGACCUCGUUAGGUUCUAUUGCUACGUCGAUGCCUACGUCCAAUGGACAUUCCGGGAGUGGGAUGUCCCAGUCGACCUUUAACCCUUUGCAAACGCUAAGUAUGCCCAUGACAAUGAGCACACCAACAGGAGCGAUGUAACCAAGGUUGCGACUUGACGUUUAUGGGUGCAUUAUAAUGUGUUAUAACUGCCUAUAUUAUAUAGCAGUCUUAAUCCGGGGUUUAGUGGGUUGGCUUGCAUGGUAUACUUCAUUAGACGUGUGGGAUUUCAUUUACAAGCGUGGGCUGGACGAUUUGAGUUCGGCAUUAUUCUCAUCGGGGAGCGAUCUAUUUUUGCUCACUUUACGCAUGGGGGGUACCAUGGUGGAAAAAAAAAGAGCUCAGAAGAAGCAUUUGAUAGACGGACGGCCGGAAGACUUGAAGGGAAGGGAACAAUCGAUUCCACAGGAUCGCAUAGGAGCAAUGUUGCUCCCUCGAAAACGGCAGGAAGGCACAGGAAGUCGACAGACCACUACCACUCAUGCAUUUGUAUAUAUAUUCGCUUUCUUCUUUUGUUACUUAGGCUUCGUGGCCGGCUGUAGGGAGCUACGGGGGGAUGAUACCAAAUUUCUUUUCUUUCUUCUAGGGGACCAUAGUCGUCGGCUUAUUCUUUCGGAGGACUAUGAACUGAAGAGGAAGAGGAAGAGGAAGAG